AUGAAGUUCUCCAUUGCUGCUGUUGCCGGUCUCCUCAGCGCCGUUAGCGCUGCUUCUCUCCCCGCUGCCUUCACCCUCGUUGCUGAGGGUGGCCUCACCGUCCUGACCGAUGGAGAGUACCUCUACUACGGCGGCAACGGCACCGACGCCAACAAGGACAUCGCCAUCUUCCACGCCACGCCGGAUACCGGCGCCGUCUCCUACACUGCCAAGGACCAGACCCCUACCGGCUGGCAGAACCUGUACGUCGUCGAGAAGGACACCGCUCCCGUCGGUCUCACUCGUCCUCACUCCGGUGCUGUCCCCGAGGGCGCCAGCACCAUCGACUUCGGCGUUAAUGAGAAGGGUCUCUUCGCCCACGGUGGUGACGCUUAUUUCGCCGUUGAGGGCUACGGUGACAACCCCGUCAAGACCGUCUACUGGUACGGUCGCCACAGCUCCACCUACCGCGCUGCCGACCUCUACGUCAAGGAGUGCAAGGGUUGCUAA